CCGGUACAUAACGGAAAUUUCAAUGUGAGAUCCGACACCCGGCGUGCUUGAGGCUGGCCCUUGUAAAUUCCGCAUUGCGGAACGUCCGCGAAUGUUUUAAGAAAUUCUCCGGGUCAUUUCUGAUACCUCAAUGUUCCGUUCUCCGUAUUUGCUGAGAAGGUUGUCCAUUUUGCAUGAAACGUUAUUCACAGGUUUGUUUACAAGUUCUGUCGGCUGCUAGCACAGCAGACUGUGAUGGAUGAUUGACUGACACAUCAAUAACUUUUUAAAUUGGCGUCAAGCUAAAGUCAUUGAGAACAGUUGCCGAAAAAUCAGACAGACCCUGCUUGUCAAUGUCAUGGCAUCUAUUCAUAGUCAGCCUGAAGUGUCCAUUAUCAUUCCCGUUUACAAUGGCUCAAAGUGGUUGGAUGACUGUUUUAAAGGAAUACUUUCUCAAAAUAUAUUGAACACUCAAUGUGUAGAAGUUUCUAUUUACAAUGACAGUAGCACUGAUGAUACAGAGGAAAUUAUAUCAAAAUGGCAGUCUGAACUGAAAGACAACUCACAUAUAAAAGUUACACUGUCAAGUGGGCAAGGGAAGCCCCAGGGAGUCGGAUUUGCCAAGAAUCGAGCAGUGGAACAAUCAUGUGGAAGCUUUCUAUGUUUUCAAGAUGUGGACGAUGUAAUGCUCCCACACCGAAUACACCACCAGUUACAAGAAGCAGAGAAAUUUCCAGAGGCUAUUAUAGGUUGCAAGUUUGUGAGAGAACCACCGGAAUCAACAGAACGUUUUACAAGGUGGGCCAAUGAACUUAGCCAUGAUAAGUUAGGUGUUCAAAUUUACACUUCACAUGGACCCACAAUUGUAAUGCCAACCUGGUUUUGCACCAGAAAAGUGUUUGACAAAGUUGGAGGGUUUUCUGAAGCUGGCCAAGGAACACCAGAGGAUUUAAUAUUUUUUUAUAAACAUCUAGAUCUUAAGGGUAAAAUCCGGCGGGUAGAUGAGGUCCUACUGAUGUACCGUUACCAUGAAAAUGCCACCACGUUUUCAAUUCAUGAAGACACUAUAUGGAAUGUACGAUUGGAACACCUCACACAUAAUGUACUGAAGGGUUGGCCUAAAUUCACUAUAUGGAAUGCUGGAAAGCAGGGCCGUAAAUUUUACCGGUCGCUUGCUCCAGAGCUACAGGACCAAGUGUUGGCAAUGUGUGAUGUGGAUGUCAAGAAAAUAGGUAAACACUAUCAACCCUAUUACCCUGAAGACCAAACCAGAAGCCGAAAUAGCAGAUCUAUUCCCAUUCUAGAUUAUCAGACUGCUAAACCUCCCUUUGUGAUAUGUCUUAAACUGGAUUUGACAGCUGGCAACUUUGAAAGGAACCUUGCAUCUUUAAAACUAGUAGAAGCAAAAGAUUAUAUCAUUUUCAGCUGAUUUAAAACCUCAAUUUUUAUGAAUAAAUUUUAACAAAAAA